AUGGUGAACGGACUCAAGGUCAAAGAUAGACUUCAUGGUGCCUCUAACUUUACCUCUUGGAAGUUUAGGGUUCUAAUUGCAUUAGAAGAUAAUGAUAUUCUCAAGUUCGUGGAGAAAGAAGUGCCUGAGCCUUCCGAUGAGACUGAGAAAACACAAUGGAAGAAGAAUGACACAAAAGCUAGGAAGAUCUUGAUAGACUCUGUGAUGAAUCACCUAGUACUGAUCAUCUCCAAGCCAAAGUUAGCUAAAGAAAUGUUUGAUACUCUAAAAGGCGUGUAUGAGAUCAACAACACCAUCAAAGCCCUUGCUUUGAGACAACAACUUCGCCAUGUAAAAAUGGAUAAAGAAGAUUCAGUCAUCUCAUUCUUUAUGAAGAUUGCUAAUUUGAGAGAUCAGUUGAGCGCUAUUGGAGACAUAAUUACAGAUAGAGAUCUUGUUAUGUUGGCAUUAAAUGGUCUUCCCCAAUCUUGGGAUCCUUUCAUCCAAAGCAUCAGUGGGGGAUCUAAGUUGCCCAAGUUUGAUCAUCUUUGA